AUGAUUUUGGAACUGCUAUUUGCUUUUGUUGGUCUGGUUGUACUCUACAACUGUUGGUGGAAACGGAGAAGCCUUCCUCCCGGCCCUAUGCCGAUUCCGUUAAUCGGUAAGUACGAAACUCUUUGGAUAUGACAUAUCGUCAAUGAACAUCUUUACUUUUUCGAACCUGGCCCAACAAUAUGUAACAACCAAUAUUCCAGGAAAUGGCUAUCAACUGAGCAAGUAUUCCUCCAACGAAGAGGCUUGCAAAGUCUGGAGAGAGAAGUAUGGCGAUACCUUUACGAUCUGGAUUGGCGAACGUCCAAUGGUUUGUGUCUGCGACUUCAACGCAAUCAUCCAUAAUUUCGUCAAGCAUGGGGAACUAUUCCAAGAUCGCCCCGAUGACACUAACUAUUUGAACUUUGUUGGACGCGGUCUUUAUGGGAUUCUUCAAAUCGAUGGGGAAUUUUGGAAGAAUCAGCGGCGAUUUUCUUUACAUACUUUCAGAAAUUUUGGAUUGGGGAAGAACCUGAUGGAAGAAAGGGUAAGAAAAAAUUUGACACAAUUUGUGGUCGGCCAAAUGAUCCACAAUUCAUGUUACGGCAUAGAAAUUUGAAGUUAUUUUUUAGGUGAUUGAAGAAUGCGAUUCAAUGUUCGAACGUAUUGAGAAACAAAGGAAAGGCGGCAACCCUUUAAUCAGCCUGGUCGAUCACGUCGACAUUGCCGUUGGCUCGAUUAUCAACAACCUUCUCUUUGGCUACCGUUACAACGAGAAUAACCUCAGCGAAUUUUUCGACUUGAAAGAACGUGCUACUAUCGCUACAACAAUGGCAGGCACUCCUCCAGCAAUGAUUUGCAGGCCAAAUCCAGACCGUUUUAAAAAUUGGCCAAUAUUGGGAAAUAUCCUGGCCACGGCCAAGAAAACGUCAAUUCAUUUGCUGGACUUCUUUAAGAUCAGAAUCCAAGAUCAUGUGGAGGAGCUCAAAAAUGUAGACCUUAGUGAAUUGGAGCCCACUGAUUUUGUGGCGGCAUUUUUGAAGGAGCGACAUCGUCUAGAUUCUAUAGGAGAAGAACAUUUCUUCUCUGAUCAACAACUUUUGACCUUGGUUUUUGACUUGUGGGUGGCCGGCCAAGUAAGCGAGUUUUCGAAUAUUGUUUUACGUUUUUGAUUGUAGGAAACAACAAGUAACACGAUUGGUUGGGCCCUCGGAUACCUUGUUCAUCACCCAGAAGUUCAAAGAAAGGCCCAAGAAGAGUUGGAUCGAGUGAUUGGAUCUGAUCGGACCAUCACUAUGUCAGACAGACCGGAUCUUCAGUAUAUGCAAGCUCUUUGUAAUGUAAGCAGUUUGCCAGUUCAAGAUCUCGUGUAUCCUAGAACAUCAUAGCCACAAUUAUACGUCUCCAAAAUCUAUGCAUGAUGCUUGGGAUGGUUGCCCCUCCCAAUUUUUUCAGCAUAUUGAACUAUAAUUGUUUUCAGGAAGUCCAAAGAAUCGCAAAUAUGGUCCCGUUGAAUAUCAUCCACGCCACCUCUGCAGACGUUGUGGUCGAUGGGUAUCACUUGAAAAAGGGAACGGCCAUCACUCCAUUGAUUGGCAUCGUUCUUUAUGAUGAGAAAGUAAGCCUUUCCUGUUGUUUUUUUACUGAGUAGUUAAUUUUUUUCUUGGUAUUUGAUAUUAAUACAACUACAAUUUUUUAGAUUUUCCCAGAUCCCAUGAAAUUCAAACCCGAGAGAUUCUUGGACAAAGAUGGGAAAGUGAAGAGGGUUGACGAGUUCAUCCCAUUCUCCGUUGGCAAACGACAGUGUUUGGGAGAGGGGCUGGCUCGGAUGGAAAUCUUUUUAGUCGUCGCCAAUCUACUAAAUAAGUACACGGUAUGUUAAAACUCGCAUUAUCUUGAAGCAAAAUAUUGAAAACAAGAAUGAGUACCCAAUGGACCCCUUUACUGUAGUAUAAUAUUAUUUUUUAGCUUCUUCCCGGAAAGGAGAUGCCCGAUCUCAAGAGACGUCACGGAGUCACAGUUCAUAUUCGAAACUUUGAAUGCCGAGUAGAACCUAGGUUCAAGUAA